GCAUGCGCAGUGAGCCAACUAGGAAGCAGAACAGACUAGUUUGAGUUGACGGCUUAUGUGGACAUGAGCGAAAGCAGCUGCUUUUGAAUCAUUCAUCUGGGGUUUAUAAACUCGUGGAAAGAGGGGAGUCUCUUUAAAAUGGAAGGCUGACAGCUUAAAGGAAAGUCAGUGUAUUUAUGUAUACAUUUAUUAAAAACUGAGCAACAAUGAUGUCAGAAUGCGACCCGCCGCCGGAGACGGAGACCAGCGAGCCCGUGCUGGACACCGAAGCAACGGCGGUAACGUUACCUGUUUCAGAGUGUAACUUUUACUCCUCAGACCCUGUAAAGGUAUUAUUUGAUAGGAAUGGGAUAGGGUUGGGACUUGCGGCGAACCCUGGAGUCGCUGUUCGUAUUUCGGACUCUUGUGAAAGCGUCUUAACCGAGCUGGAGACAGACGGCUCCAGCGAAGAGGCGCUGUUGUUACCGUGUUUAGCAGGAAGCUCGUCGUCUCCGCGGGGUGUACGAGAGAAGCGGAACAGACACAGCUCGUCGUCGGAUAAAGACACCUUGGCCUCCCCAGGUACCAACAGUGGAGACUUCAACCAUUUCCCUGACGAUCCCGAGUUUGCAGAUAUUAUCAAAAGGGCGGAACAAGCUAUCGAGAACUGCGUCUUUCCAGAGAGGAUUUCCCAGGGUUCCAGUGGGAGCUACUUUGUCAAAGACCCAAAAGGGAAAGUCAUUGGUGUUUUCAAACCAAAGUCAGAGGAACCUUACGGUCACCUCAACCCCAAAUGGACCAAAUAUUUUCACAAGCUGUGCUGUCCGUGCUGUUUCGGCCGAGGCUGCUUGUUGCCUAACCAGGGUUACCUCUCCGAGGCUGCUGCCUCACUGGUUGAUACCAAGCUCGGCCUGGGAGUGGUGCCGAAAACCAAGGUGGUGUAUCUGGCCAGUGACACAUUCCACUACAGCGCCAUCGACAGAGCCAAAUCCAGGGGGAAGAAGUACGCCUUAGAGAAAGUCCCCAAGGUGGGACGACGCUUCCACAGAGUGGGCCUGCCACCUAAGGUGGGCUCAUUUCAGCUGUUUGUGGAGGGUUACCGUGAAGCGGACUACUGGCUGCGGCGCUUUGAGGCAGAACCUCUGCCAGAGAACAUCAGGAAGCAGCUGCACUCACAGUUUGAGCGGCUGGUAGUGUUGGACUACAUUAUCCGAAACACAGAUCGAGGGAAUGACAACUGGUUGAUCAAGUAUGAGAAGCCAGGAGGAGAGGGACAAAAGGAUGCAGAGUGGCCAGAGAAUAGUUCCGAGUCCUGCAUUAAGAUUGCAGCAAUCGACAACGGCCUGGCCUUCCCCUUUAAACACCCGGACGAAUGGAGAGCCUACCCAUUCCACUGGGCAUGGCUCCCCCAGGCUAAGGUGGCCUUCUCCCAGGAGACCAGAGACCUGGUGCUGUCCCGCCUCUCUGACAUGAACUUUGUCCAGGACCUCUGUGAGGACCUCUAUGAAAUGUUCAAGACGGAUAAAGGCUUUGACAAAACCAUGUUUGAGAGGCAGAUGUCUGUUAUGAGGGGACAGGUGUUGAACCUGACCCAGGCGCUGAAGGACGGGAGGAGCCCCAUCCAGCUGGUGCAGAUGCCUCGGGUGGUAGUGGAGCGCAGCCGCUCAGGCGGCCAUGGACGCGUGGUCACGCUCGGCAACGCCUUCACACAAACCUUCCACUGCAAGCGGCCCUUUUUCUCCUCGUGGUAGUCAGAGAUGGGGCGAGGAGGGCGAGCUGAGGAGAGACUUCUGCAACAGCUCUUUAUGUUUUUGUCCUGAAGUCGAGGAAGUGAGGGAGAAGACGUGAAUAUCGCACUGGACACACACUGGCUCAUAUUUCUUUGGCGAGAGGGGAAAUGGAGAGGAAGACACGGAUGAUAGAAAGUUGAGAUGAAGAAACUUCAGUGCAUUCCUCAUGUUUAUGAAGAGAACACAGAGAAGCAUGGCAGCUGGAGAGAUUGGCAUACCAUUGUCACCAUACCAUGGUGACUUGAUUGGAUAAUCAAGAAGGCAGAAAGGAUUUUUUUUUUUUUUUUACCCACCCAAAGUACCUACUGAAGUCUCUUACAAGGUCUCUUAGUGGGGUUAAUGGCCAAAGAAAAGUACCUGCAGACCACGGAAGUAACAGAUCUGUGGUCCACUAUGUUUGGGAAUUUAAAGCACUGGUUUCACAGAUCUCUCCAGGAAGUGAUUUUUAAAAUCUGUGAGAGCGUUGGUCCUGGUCUGGGAUUAAAGUCCCAAACCACUUGCUUUGCCUUGUAGGAUUACUUGUUAAAAUCUAGAUGUGCACUUGCACUGCUGGAGGUGUUUGACUAGUUCUACAGAACCGGGUCAAACCACUUUUUAUCCACUGUUUGUUUUCACAAUCUGUUGAACAAACAGUGUCUUCAAACUCUCACUACUGCCAAAAUCUGCUUGUGGGAGGAAUAUUUCAAAGCCUCAAGAAGAGAAUAUUGUUGAAACUUGAAUAUGAAAUUGGGGUAGGAGGACUAGUAAUAAACACAUUGCUGGAAUGUAAUCUGUUUACGGUUUCUACACAGAUUCUUGCUCCUAAACAUUUCAAUACGAGUGAAUGCUGUCAAAAAUAGUUUUUUUCUUCUUCUUCGUAACAAUGAAUGUAUUUGUUGUUAGACAUGUAUUUAAUUGCUGGCAAGCAGCUAUCUCUUGAACCUCGUGGCAUGGGCGGAAGGCUACCUCGUCCCUGCCAUUUACAAUACAUUAUAUGAAGAGGAAAAUCAGAGGACAAUAUUUCACACUUGCUCGAUGCCGUUGUGUUUUUCUUAUGUAUGCAUCUUGAAAUUUUUAUUCCAUCUCGAUGAUUGUAUGAGUAAAGUUGUAUAUUUAACAGAUGAAAAAUAAAAAUUGGGAAAUUUAAA